AUUCAAUGUUGGCAAACUAUGUGUUCUUUAGCGAAUCGAGGCUUUUUUCCGCCCUGUUGGUUUUUCGUUUGCUCAAUGCUUUAUUAAUUCAAACAACCUUCGUACCGGAUGAGUUUUGGCAGUCCAUUGAGGUGGCACAUAAAUGGUCUUUCGGCUACGGUACACUGACUUGGGAAUGGUGGCCGGAAACUGCCCUACGGAGUCCUCUUCAUCCUCUAAUAUUUUCUGUGCUUUAUAAUCUUGGCUCCGUCUUCGGUUUGGACUCGCGUACCUUCGUUGUUCUGGUUCCACGUUUGUUUCACGCUGUUUUAGCAGCAGCUGCAGAUCUUCAUUUAUAUCGAUUUGCAGUGAUAGUGAGUGGGUUAGAAACAGCAAAGGGCUCUGUUCGACUAAUACGCCUCCGUUCUAAUCUCAUCGCUGUGACCCACAUCCCAGUCGCACUGUACACAUGUCUCAUCCACCAACGUGGCCCGAUAGAUACGGUUUCCGCUUUGCGAAAAGCUAUACAACGUCGAUUUCCAACCAACCGUGAAAUUCUCUCUGAAAAUGUGUCGAUACUCGCACUGAUGCCGUGUCACACUCUGCCUCCAGUUAGCUUUAUCCAUCUGAACGUCAGUUUCAAACAGUUGAAUUGCGAUCCGGAUCUUUCCUUAUGGUUUGACGGGCAGCGACGGGUUCACUACGAUGAGGCUGAUGAGUUUUAUGACAACCCCGCUAGGUGGUUAAACGAAAGGUUUGAUGGCCUCAAACGAACUUCGUCUCGGAAACCCACCUUCAUCACCUUGUUUGAUCAUCUUUUUGAUGCGCAUCCGUCCUUGAAAAAUCUGUUGCUACACGUCUGGGGCUAUCGUGAGUGUGGCCGCUUUUUUCACGCCCAUUUCCUAACUCACCGGCGAUACGGUCGGUAUAUAUACAUUUUGUGCCAUGCUUUUUGAUAAAUUGUUGUAAACUUGUACUGCGAUGA